UAUGCUGGGGCUGGCCGCCGCCGGAGGUGGUGCUGCGAUGGAGGGGGAGCGCGCCGCGGAGCCCGGCACCUUUGCUGCCCUGCACGGCCCGGCGCUGCGCGCCUCCGGGGUGCCCGCGCGCUACUGGGACAACCUGCGCUGCAAGCUGGAGGGUGAGGUGUUUGAUGCUGGUGAGUUUUUUGGGAUUAUGCAAGUAGCGGAGGUGGAAGAAGAAGAAGAGGGUGAUGAAGAAGUGGAAGAAGAAUUGAAAAAGAAACCAAAUCCUGGAAAUGAACCUUGUUUCAAAGUUAUUGUGACAAAUGAGAAUGGGCUUCAAGCAUCAGAUCCCAAUAGCAUUUUUCUUAUCGACCAUGCCUGGACCUACCGUGUGGAACAUGCACGCCAGCAGCUGCUGCAAGUUCCUGGUCUGCUUCACCGAAUGGCAAACCUUAUGGGAGUAGAUUUUCAUGGAGAAGUCCCGGAUGAAGGAAGUAUUGAGCAAGUGUUGCAGGAGAUGUGGAAAUACAACCAAACCUACCAGCUAUCUCAGGGGACUGCAGAGGAGAAGGUUCCUGUCUGGUAUAUUAUGGAUGAAUUUGGAUCCCGAAUUCAGCAUUCAGAUGAGCCUACCUUUGCAACAGCACCUUUAUUUUAUAUGUCUCAACAAAUUGCUUACACUGUUCUCUGGCCUUUAAGAGACCUUGAAACUGGAGAUGAAGUGACACGGGACUAUGCCUAUGGGGAAACAGAUCGCUUGAUCAGGAAAUGCAUGUUGUUGCCGUGGGCACCUGCUGAAGUAUUGGAUGUCAGCUGUUCUACCCCAGAGCCUUCUGAAGAUCACUACCAGGCUAUUUUAAAUGAAAACAAGGAGAAACUGCCUGUGGCAAUAAGUCCACCAGUUUAUGAUGAGAAUAAAAUUUUCAAGGUUUAUACAGACAUUCAGCAAGUCCUCAACAAUUUGAAACACCCCCGUUUUGUGUUCACUGAUGAUGAGAGAGAUGCUGACAUCCUCUACAAUUUUUCCCACUUCAAAGAUUACAGGAGCCUAAGUGAAGAAAGACCCCAUGUGAUGUUGAAUCAAUUUCCAUGUGAGAACCUCUUGACAGUCAAGGAUUGCCUAGCAUCCAUAUCCAGAAGAGUUGGAAGGCCAGAUGGGCCAAGAUGGCUUCCUCGUACUUUUAAUCUUCAUACAGAAUUUCCCCAGUUUAUCAGCUACUUUCAGCAGCGUGAAAGAAGGGGAGAAGACAAUCACUGGAUAUGCAAGCCCUGGAACUUAGCCAGAAGUUUAGACACCCAUAUCACCAACAACCUCAACAGUAUCAUAAGGCACAGAGAAAGCAGCCCGAAGGUAGUGUCUAAGUAUAUUGAAAAUCCAGUCUUGUUUCAGCGGGAAGAUGUGGGGAUGGUUAAAUUUGACAUUCGUUAUGUUGUUUUGCUGCGAUCUGUAAACCCACUCAAGCUGUAUGUUUAUGAUGUAUUUUGGCUGCGCUUCUCAAAUCGAGCAUUUUCUCUUGAUGAAUUGGAUGACUACGAGAAGCAUUUUACAGUCAUGAACUAUGUUCCUGGUGUAACAUUAAAACAGGUACACUGUGAUGAAUUUAUUCUUCUCUUUGAGAAACAGUAUCCUGAAUAUCCCUGGACAACUGUAAAAGUGGAUAUCUUUAAGGUGUUUGCUGAACUAUUCCAAGCUGCUUCAGCUAAACCUGCACCAUUUGGCAUUUGUGACUAUACAUCAUCGCGAGCAGUAUAUGCCAUUGAUUUGAUGCUUAAGUGGGAUACCACCAGUGAUGGGAAAAGGAUUAUGCUACCUCAAAUCCUGGAGGUGAACUUUAACCCUGAUUGUGACAGAGCCUGCAAAUACCACCCAACAUUUUUUAAUAAUGUCUUCAGCACCCUGUUUCUGGAUGAAACAGAUAAUUGUCAUGUAACAUGCAUUGUCUAGUCCCAUAAGGCUU